AGGCCGCGGAGGACUGCCCUUCCCCAAGAUGGCGUCGAAGAUGGGUUCGCGACGGUGGAUGCUGCAGCUGAUAAUGCAGUUGGGUUCUGUGCUGCUCACACGCUGCCCCUUCUGGGGCUGCUUCAGCCAGCUCAUGCUGUACGCUGAGAGGGCCGAGGCACGCCGGAAGCCCGACAUCCCAGUGCCCUACCUGUACUUCGACAUGGGGGCGGCCGUGCUGUGCGCUAGCUUCAUGUCCUUUGGUGUGAAGCGGCGCUGGUUUGCGCUGGGGGCCGCGCUGCAGCUGGCUAUUAGCACGUACGCCGCCUACAUCGGAGGCUACGUCCACUACGGGGACUGGCAGAAGGUCCGUAUGUACUCGCGCACAGUUGCCAUCAUCGGUGGUUUUCUCGUGUUGGCCAGCGGUGCUGGGGAGCUAUACCGCCAGAAACCCCGUAGUCGCUCCUUGCAGUCCACCGGCCAGGUGUUCCUGGGAAUCUACCUCAUCUGUGUGGCCUACUCGCUGCAGCACAGCAAGGAGGACCGGCUGGCGUAUCUGAACCACCUCCCAGGAGGGGAGCUCAUGAUCCAGCUGUUCUUCGUGCUGUAUGGCAUCCUGGCCUUGGCCUUCCUGUCAGGCUACUACGUGACCUUGGCUGCUCAGAUCCUGGCAGUGCUGCUGCCCCCAGUCAUGCUGCUCAUUGACGGCAAUGUUGCCUACUGGCACAACACACGGCGCGUCGAGUUCUGGAACCAGAUGAAGCUCCUUGGAGAGAGUGUGGGCAUCUUUGGGGCUGCUGUCAUCCUGGCCACUGAUGGCUGAAUUGCAAGGCAAGAUGCUGACAGGAUGUAGGGAGCCACUGAGGGCUGCCCUGCCUUGUUCCUUGCUGGCCCAGUUGCUGUUUAUUUAUGCUUUUCAGUCUGUUUGUUUGAUAUUUUUAUUUUUUAUUUUUUUUUCUUUAGUAGGAGACAGGUCUCUUUCCCAAAUUCCUGUGCUUGGCCCUUGGGAGGGUGGGAGCCCUGAAGAUGAUGCUUCACAGGUUUGUUCCUUGUCAUUUUAAGGAGAGUCGAGGGCCAGCUGCUCCCCAGGCCUUCUAUCCCUGAGAAGGGAAUAAAGUGGGGCUGGAGUGGGAGCACUGAUAAUGGAGACAGAGGAAGGAAGACAGAGAACUGGUGGGAGCAAAUGUGAAAAAUUACUUUUUGAACCUGGUGGAUUCAGCCUGGCUCUGCAGUGGUUUUUUGAAGACUGAGUAAGUGUGUAGGUUGAUCCAUGUGUAUCAGGCCCAGGAAGAGCAGAGGGGCUGAGCUGGGCACCACCAAAGACACCUGGAUUCUCAGGUAUGCCAGGGGCAAAGACAGUACUAGCUCUCUCCUGCCCACUUUGAGAACAGAGCAGGCCCCAGUCUGCUCUGGGGUGUGCCAAGGAGGGGUGAGGAGUGGCCAACUUCCUGCUUCCUGCUGUCUCUGUUUCCAGCUGUGUGGUUGGCCUGGUAAGGGUGGAGGGCCUUCCCAAACACCAGACCGCAUGGUCCUCCAAAAAAUAAACAUUUUAUAUAGA